AUUCUGUGCUCCAUGACCAAAACAAAGUUGUCUUCUGUUCUGUAUUGCUCAUUGAAAUUCAUAUUAUCAUUUAGAUACAAAGGGGAAUAAUCUCGGCUGAUCUUCGUCAGAUAUUUGUAUUCUGAGAGUUUGAGUUUGUUCUUGUGACGAUGAAUCAGAAUCAGCAACAACCUUCAGAAAAAGCGAUUGAAGAUCAACAAGAAUUGACACUGGGUCAGCCCCUCAGCGAUUUCCUCAUGCAAUUGGAGGAUUAUCAUCCAACAAUUCCAGAUGCCGUUACAGGUCAUAUUAUGAGAACAAGUGGAUUUGAACCAAAAGAUCCUAGACUUCUGAGAUUAAUUUCUAUUGCCGCCCAGAAAUUUAUUUCUGAUAUUGCUAAUGAUGCCUUUCAUCAUUGCAAGAUGAGGACCAGUAAUAACUCUACCAGCUCUUCUAAGAAUUCAAAAAGUUCUAAGGAUCGUCGUUAUUGUCUUACCAUGGAGGAUCUAACCCCUGCUCUUGCUGAAUUUGGAAUAACUGUUCGAAAACCACAAUAUUAUGUGUGAAACCAAAUUUUUAUCUUAUAUAAUUAUUAACCAUAUUCAACAUUUAUAUUAAAAUUAAAUGAACUUCUUUGUU